AUAUAUAUAUAUAAUUUUAGAGUGGGUUCAUUAACCAAUCCGAGCCUAGCCCAGGCCCAAGCCUAACCCGAGUGCAUGAAAUUAGAGUGUGGAUUGGGCUUGGGUUGGGAAGAUUGGGUCGGGCUUGGGUUGACUAUAAACUCGACCAAACCUGCUUGACUUGCACACCCCUAAAUAUAAUAUAUAAUGUUAUUUUAUAUAUAUAUAUAUAUAUGAGCCUUAAGCCCAAAUUUUAGGGUUGGGCCUGGGUUGACUAUAAACCUGCCCCGAACCCCGAUCAUUGGCCAAGAAACCCACCUUGAUUGGGCGGUGCCCCACUUGUACGGGUCAAAUUUCCAUCUCUAAUUUUAAUUUGGAUAUUUUAUUUCCUAGAUUUUCAUUUAUUAGUAUAAAUGAAACGGAAUAAAAUCCCUCCUUUGAAAUCUUUCCACACUUGUAAUAUGCCAAUUUGGCUAUGUAUGUUGUUAAGUUCAAGCCCUUAGAGAUAGCUUGUUUCAUAUUUGUUUCUAAGAUGUAUGUCUCUCUUUUUUUCACCUCCAUUCUUCUUGCUUGUUGACAUCAUGUCUUUUCCUUUUUGUUUGGUGUGCCGAUGUCUCAAAUUGACCAUAGACCAUUAGUCUCAAUUUGAGAUUAGUGAAACAUUUUUUCUUACAUGCAGAAUUUAUUUGUAUCACCUCCUUUCAAGUGCUAUCAACGCACUAACUAGUCAUCUAGUAGUUGAUCGAAUUGUUAGUUGAGUGCAUGUUUGACUACAUCACUUACUAGUCGGUUGAUGGUCAUAAUGUUGUUGCUUGGGAGAACUGAGCAUUGGCUAAGUGAGCUAGUUGAAUAAUGACUGGUCAUUGUAGUCAACCUAGUCAAUCACAAAUUCAUUUUCAGGCUUUGUUUGUUUGUUGUUUAUAUCUCUAAUUUUUGGAAGCGACAUAGCACAUGUUUACAUUUUGUUAUAUUCUUACUGUCGCUUUAACUAUUUGUGAUGGAACACUGUUGUAUGGCGGUCUAAAAAUUAUGAAAUAAGCAUUAAAUAAAACAAGGAACCGGGGGAAUUCUUCUAAGUUUUUUCCCCAAUCUGUGGUAUGUUUGUAUGGAGUUGCACAAACAAAGGGCACUCUUUUUCUUUUAGAAUUUCAGCUUAUAUUAACUUAUUUACAAGAUUGAAUCAAUAUUAUAAAUUUAGGAAUGCCUCUUUUUCUUUGCAUCAACUAAAGUCAAAAUGACUGGUAAUGGCUUUACCACAUUGGUAACACUUCUUCCUUCUUAGAAGUGAUUUUGGUUUGCUGAGUGCUCUGAUGUGGCUUGGUUUCUCAUUACGGGUUUUGAUGAAUAUGAUGUCUGUGCUGUAUAACAGCUCAUAUAUUUCCUUUCUCACCUUUCUUGUUUGACCUGCUUGGAUUUAAGCAUGUGCUUGUCAUAGUUUCAGUAUUUCCUACCAGUCCUUUUGGGUUUCAAUCUCUAACCCUCUUUGUUUGCAAGAUGUGCUUGAAAAUAUGAAUUCCACCCUCUUUAUGCAUUCAUGUUUUGCCCAAAUGCUUCAUUCAAUAAUAGAUUAAAAAGUUGCUUGUAGGUGGGUUCCAGCAAAUAUUUGCUUUGUGUCUUAAAUUUGCACUGAUUAUCUUCGAGUUGCUGGUAGGAAGAUUCAGUUGAAUAUUACACACAGAAUGUUGGGAAUUUCAAAACUCAAUCCUUUUUCCCCAAAAUGCUAUUCUAAAUUUAAUAUGCCUGUUGGUUAAGGCAAUCUUGUCUAUGGCUCUAUGCUAAUAUUGUCUGUUUGGUGAUGCAGUUGAAGGAUCUAGGAAUUAAAACUACAAUGAUGCAGUUUUUUAUAGCCUGCUAUGACAAUGGAAAAGACCAUCUACACAGAAUAUUUAUUUAAUCAAGUUGUUUUCAAACAAUAAAAAAUGCUGUUUUCUUCUUGCACAUUUUCCUAAUCAUGUGAACCCUUUGGAGCUAAAAUUUAAUCUGAACAAUAGUUUUUCUAAUCAUUUAGGUCCUUAGAGGUUAUUGUCCAGGAGGGCAAUGCUUUCUGGUUUUCUUUUGGGGCUAAUAAUUGGUGUUCCUUGUACUUUUAACGUAGGAUAUGUUAUAAAUAUGAAGUCUAGCAAUUUCAAUUUGUUGUUGCAGGCGACUGUUUGUCAGAUAUGUGGUGUAACAGGCUUCUCUGAGUUCCUAAUUUACUGCUCUAAGUGUCAGAUAUCUGCAGAACACCGCUACUGCUUAGAUAAAUUUCCAGCACCCAAUGAGGAGGUAAUCUGGACAUGUCAGGAAUGCAUUUCAAAGACUGCCGAGAGGUUUCUUCUUAAGAGUUUCAGUUCACAUCCAUUGAGAAGUAGACGCAAAAAAUUAAAACACCAUCGAGCUGCUGGAAGUUAUACAAAUCUGAGAAAGAGGGAGAAGGAUAGCAAUGAUUGCUCAGAAGCUGAAACAUAUGCACAAAGAUCUGAUGUUGCUUCCAUUCUGCAGCCUACUGAGGCACUUGUCAAGGAAGUAGUUCCAGAGACUUUAUGUGUAGUGAGUGAUUCUCCUCUCUCGCAUAAGGAGAAUGAGAAUUCACAUUGUUGUGGUGGAAGAAGUGAAGGAGGCAAGUUUAAAAAACAGAGAAGAAGGUUGGUCUUGAAUGAUGAAACCAACUCUGGUGAAGAGGGUGCUUAUGUUGAGGUUAGAAGCUCCCAAGUAGCUCCGGAUUCUGAGGUAGCUGUUGCUGCUGAAGGUCGAACUUCUCCAGCAUCAUUGGAUGCCUGCCAUCAGUCAUUUAGAGAAUGUCCUUCCUCUGGUGCUGCACAACCAAUAAUUGAUCCUAUUUGGACGGGAUCCUUCAACAUCUGUAAUGAGAACCAUGGUGCAGUUCCAUGUGUGGCCCACGUAUCAAGCCUAGCUUGUUCAAAAGUUACUUCGGAGGCAAAAGCAUUGCCACCGUUGCUUGAUGUGAAAAUUUUGCCGAAGCUUGAUGUCUGGCCCCCAACUUUUUGUAGAUCACCACCAACUGACAACAAAAUUGGUCUCUAUUUUUUUCCCAUAACAGAGAGAGAUAAGACAAAGUUUGACAGGUUGCUGUAUGACUUAAUUGACCGGGAGCUUGCACUUAGGGCUGUGAUUGGAGUUGUUGAGCUCUUGAUUUUCCCUUCUCUUGAGUUGCCACCAUCAUGCCGGAAAUUUUUAGGAAAUUAUUUUCUGUGGGGUGUAUUUAGGCAAAGGCCAAUUCCAGUUCCCCAUGAACCAGGUAUUGAUAGUGCCAAGUCAGCCGAGGGUAUUGGUUGCGAAAAAAGGGAAUGCACCAAGACCUGUACUAAUAGGGAGAGUCCUGUUGGUCCUCUCAGCAUGAUUAACAAUUGUGAAUCGGAUUCAUCCUCUUUGCAUUCUAAAGCUAGGAUUUGUUCUCCAGAGUCCACAUCAUCUCACGAUUCCGAAACUUUAUAUUCUGACAAAAUUGAGAAAUCAAGUGAUCAUGAUUGGGACCUGGAAAAGCAGCCUACCCAUGGAGAAGAGAUCAGGGAUAAAAGUUCUUGCGAUGUGAAACUUUUGCAACCGGAAGCACCAUGGCAGCAUCCCCUUGAUGCUUGCCAAGAGGAAAGCAUAAAUUUGGACACGCCUUGUUUGGGACUGUUUCCAUUGGAGGUGGAGAAUAUUGCUAUUUUAUCAAAAGUGGAUAGUGAAGGGCUUGACCUGGAGUUGGGAUUAGGUCGAUCUGGGUUUAAGCAACCCAAAAAGAAGUCUUGUGAUUUUGUUGAUUUACUCUUGUAAAUAUUUUAGGAACAUCUUUUACUUUUUUUUUUUUCAAUUUUAACUUGAGUUUUGCAAUAUCAUCGGAAGUGUAAAUCGUCUUAAGUUACAAGAAAAAAGUAGUUAAUGGCCUU